UAAACUAUUUUUGGCUACCUCUUUCAAACUGCGUCACUAUCCCAUCUUUGUAAACCAUGAAAGAAGAUUUCACCCAAGGUGUUUCGAAUUCCAUGACGAAUUGUAUAACUUGGUCUAGUUUAGAUAAGAAUUUAUAUGAUAAUUUCGCUAAGAGUCAGCAGUCAACAUUCGUUAUCUAUGUGAUUUUCAUUUGUUUCAUUAUUGUCAUUACCAUGUAUUAUACCCGCAUUUCUCGCAAACGUAGUCAUGCAUUCGGAAGCGUUCAUUUUAUAAAUAAAUCAAAAUAUACUUUUCUGUUGAUACCCAAAGGGCGUUCGGUUGAGUCAUCGUCAAUUUCUGAAGACUUUUGUUUAUAAAAUUGUGUGAAAUUCUGUUGAACGGACGUGGAUCCUGAAUUGUAAAAUAGCCGAAUAUAGGUGCCAUAGGAACCCUUGGAUGGACUAAAAUAAACGGGAUUCAAUAACUUUUCAUGCACAAAUAUUUGCUGGAGGCUCGAAAAUUGAAACAAUAUAUACGAGAAUUACUCUUUGAGUACAAAUUAACGUACUUUAAUCGCAACUAUUGGCACGUUAUAUUGCCGUUAUGAAUUCGAGCACCAAGCAUCUCCUGCAUUGUUCAUUGCUGAUUGCAGUUAUAUUUGGAUUUGAAAUAUUUUCAGGUGGAAUUAAGAUCGACGAGAAUUCUUUCACUGUUCUAGAUCCUUGGGUGGAAUAUGGCAAAAUUGCCACAGUUCUCCUUUACUUACUUCGCUUUCUCACCUUCCUCACCCUGCCGCAAGUAUUAUUCAAUUUUUGUGGUUUAGUCUUUUACAAUGCUUUUCCCGAAAAAGUUGUGCUCAAAGGCAGUCCCCUGUUGGCCCCAUUCAUUUGUAUCCGCGUUGUAACAAGAGGGGACUUCCCAGACUUGGUCAAAAGCAAUGUAUUGAGGAACAUGAACACCUGCUUGGACACAGGGCUGGAGAACUUUCUAAUUGAAGUAGUGACGGACAAAGCCGUUCACUUGGCUCAUCACAGGCGUAUACGAGAAAUUGUUGUCCCGAAGGAAUACAAAACGAGAACCGGAGCAUUAUUCAAGUCGAGAGCUCUACAAUACUGUCUGGAGGAUAAUGUUAAUGUUCUCAAUGAUAAUGACUGGAUAGUACAUUUGGAUGAAGAAACAUUGCUAACCGAAAACUCUGUGCGCGGCAUUAUAAACUUUGUUCUGGACGGGAAACAUCCCUUUGGGCAGGGUCUAAUAACCUACGCCAAUGAAAAUGUUGUAAAUUGGUUAACAACCUUAGCCGAUAGUUUUAGAGUGUCCGACGAUAUGGGUAAAUUGCGACUACAAUUCAAGCUGUUCCACAAACCCUUAUUCAGCUGGAAAGGGAGCUAUGUAGUGACUCAAGUGGGGGCGGAAAGACAAGUAUCUUUUGACAAUGGCAUUGAUGGAUCGGUUGCUGAGGAUUGCUUCUUCGCAAUGCGCGCUUUCGCCCAAGGAUUCACAUUUAAUUUCAUUGAAGGUGAAAUGUACGAAAAGUCGCCGUUUACUCUGUUAGAUUUUUUACAACAACGCAAACGUUGGCUGCAAGGUAUUCUUUUGGUGGUACACUCUAAAAUGAUACCCCUUCGACAUAAGCUGUUAUUGGGUAUAAGCGUUUAUUCGUGGGUGACAAUGCCGUUGUCCACAUCAAAUAUUUUAUUUGCCGGCCUGUACCCAAUACCAUGCCCAAACAUUGUAGACUUUGUAUGUGCCUUUAUAGCGGCCGUCAACAUCUAUAUGUACGUAUUUGGUGUCAUAAAAUCAUUUUCGCUAUAUCGGUUCGGUUUGGUAAAAUUUUUGGCAUGCGUCCUAGGAGCUGUUUGCACAAUACCAGUCAACGUGGUUAUUGAAAAUGUUGCGGUUAUUUGGGGAUUGGUGGGCAAGAAACAUAAAUUCUACGUGGUACAGAAAGAUGUACGGGCGUUAGAGUCCGUAGUAGUUUAGAAUGGUGCACUAUUAUAAGCUUAGUAACUCAAAGCUACAUUUUUUUUUGUGAUAGGGCCCAAAUUUAAGGCUUAAUCUACGCUGCAUCCAAUUGAAAAAUGUAUUUCUCCAAACCCUCCAAAUAUCGAAAGCCGCUGCUAGAUUCCAAAUACAAAAUUAUCUUAUUAAUAGCGAUGUAAUUGGAAGGCUUUUCCUCGCGUCACAAUACAUUUUUGAGGAACCACAGAACAAAUAUUCACGCACAUGCAAACCCUCACAAACCAAUUUUCACCUCCUUUCUCUAGAAAGGAUCACAACCAUAUUAAGUAUCUUUUAGUUCUAUUGUAUUGUACGCCUCUAGUUAUAAGUCGAAUCGUAUAUUUAUUAUUACUAUUUCCAUCCUAUCGAUACUUGUCUCGUUUGUACGUUAUAGAAUAUGUAUCUAGAAAAAUUAGUGUCGUAAAAAUCGAAAAUUAGGCGACAAAUAAAGCAAACCCCGAAUUUGUUCAGCUUUCGAUUUAGGGGAUUUGUCUUGAUUUCCAAAGAACACAAUGUUCUUAGUAUACAUAUGUUGUCUAUGCCAAAGUAUUAUUCGAAGGUAUGUAUUUUAUACAUGUAUAUAAUUUACUAUAGAUGUGUUUCAUAACACACAAUAUUUGUGUACAUAAGCUAUAAAAUGAUCCAUGCGAAAAGAGUUUCCAAAAACGAGUACGCCGAUAUUUAAUGAAAACUGUGUUUUCUUCUUCAAUGUACUUAUUCCAUACCUAUGUUUUACAAAAUCCUCAACAAACCAAAAUUAAAUUAUAAUAUAUUUCACAAUCCAUUUGAGAAAUUACAAUAUUAAAAUGUCACAUUACUAUAUACCCAAUUCUUGACACUUGGCAUUUUUAUCUGCUGUUUCAUUUUUAACGAUGUCCCGUCCUCUAACAAGAAUCUCACCCCACUAAUUAACUUAUAACUUUUGUUAUAAUUUAUUAACAGCGGGGUCACCAACACUGACAUAUUUAAUUGCUCUUAUUAGAGAGAAAAGAUGCUACAAUAAUUGUUCAUAUGCCCACGUAUGUGUCAAUGUGCGUAUAAAAGCAUAGACAAUGUUAUUUCCUUCAAGUCGAUCGAGCAGCUCCAUUAAUUUUAGAAUGGACAAAUAACACAUAUAUGUAUAAACGAUUAUUCGUGUUGCUAUUAUAAAUAACAUAUAAAGCUAAAGCAUCUUUGUAUGGGACACAUAGCCCCAUUGUAUAAACUGUUGCAAAAUUAUACUGUAAUUACUACAAAUAAGUUAAAAAUGCAUGUAGAUUGUAUUAUUCUUUAUUUGUUUCAAUAUUUUUACCUAAGUUAUUGAAUAUACACAAAAACACACACAGAAUUACAGAUAAAAUCAGUAUUUGAAAUUUAAUUUCUUUUUUUUUUAGAUAAAAACAAACGAAAUAAUGAAAUAUCAAUAAGAUAGAAUAAAAAAUAUAUUGUCUUGUUAAAUUCACAAUUAAAUUAUUUUAUGGCUUUAUGCAAUAUAACAUCACAAAAAAGAGAACAAUACCAAAAAUAAACCUUUAUUACAAAACA